UGCAUUGCACACACAUAUCGCGGUUGAAAGUAUGAGAUCGUGACAGUGAACCGUGCGAGUGUGAACGUCAAACCGCAACACACAAACAUCGUCGAUUCGGAAACAUUCUCACCGAAGCGACGCAGACAUUUAAAUGAAAAACGCGAACAUUGUUUACAGUCGAUCGGAAAGAGCAUUUGCAUUAAGUUCAGUAUUGUGUGUGCCGUUGUAAUGUUAAGAGGUCGUGUGCUCUCUGUAUCUACUAUCGCGGCAGUAAGAAUGAUUUUUGUAUGUCGACGCGCGCGCGCAGACUAUCAUUACAAUUUGCGUAAAGUGAUUAUUCAGUGAUUUUUUCGACUCUUCCGAAUGAAGAUUAUAUACAUUUGGUGAUAGACAUUGAUGGUUCCAGUGGUUACACAGCGAAUAAAACAUUUGAAAUUAAAACAAAGUUCAAUUUUGAAUGGAAAAUAUUAGAACAGAAAAAAAAACAUAAUAACCAUUUAAGGCUAAAAAAAUUCGUAAAGUCUUCGAAUUUAAAGAGAUAAAUUUAAAUACAUUAGAAAUAUAACACGCGAGUGAACAAAAAAAAUUGUUGAGAGUUUUUUCCUUUUACUUGAAACAUGAACGAAGAGUAAAUUAUCGCAAAUCAAAAGGUUUCAUUACAUCGCUUUAAAUAUCAAGUAUCACAUUCGAAUUUAAAUUGAAAAAGAAACCACUGUGAAACCACACAGAAAACAUUUACAAUGUGGGACCAAAUCAUUGAGUUCGUGUUCAGCGUUCAACUUAUAGCGUUGAUUUUAAUUCUGAUUGGCCUGUAUGCGCUAUUGUGGUGGAGCAUUGACAAUUUCAAGUCGAUCGUUCAAAUUAUCAGAAGUUUUUUGGUGCCAUACUUUCAACCACAGGAAGAUGUGCCGCUCAGCGAAAAAUUCGGCAAUUGGGCAGUGGUAACCGGCUCCACCGAUGGCAUUGGUCGCGAAUACGCUAAACAAUUGGCCAAACGAGGCAUUAAUAUUGUACUCAUUUCAAGAACGAAAUCAAAGCUAAUUGAAGUAGCCAACGAAAUUGAAUCAUUAUAUCCAGUGAAGACAAAAUACAUCGUCGCCGAUUUUAGCCAUGGCAAAGAAAUCUACGAUGAAAUUGAGAAACAACUCAGUGGCAUUCCUGUCGGUAUAUUGGUGAACAAUGUCGGCCGAAUGUAUGACUAUCCCGAUGAAUUGGGCAAGCUAACACCAGACUUCCUAUGGAGUAUGCUCAACAUAAACAUGGGCGCUGUAACGAUGAUGACACGAAUGUUGGUCAAUGACAUGAAACAACGCGGUAAAGGUGCAAUCGUAAAUAUAUCAUCUGGUAGCGAAUUACAACCAUUACCCUAUGCUGCUGUUUAUGGCGCAUCCAAAAUUUAUGUCAAGAAUUUUACAUUGGCCAUUCAGCAUGAGUUUGCACCGUACGGUAUAUCUGUUCAGUCGAUAACGCCGCUAUACGUGCGCACAAAAAUGAACAAUUACUCGACCACCGUCAUGAAGGGAAAUGUAUUCUGUCCCGAUGUGGAAACGUAUACUCGGUCAGCGGUUGCCACCUUAGGUAGAACCAAUGAAACCACUGGAUAUUGGAUUCAUGGCCUUCAGUAUGCAACAUGCAAAUUAGUACCGACGUGGGUUCGAACGAUAAUUGGGGCAAAGUUGAAUGAGAAAUUCCGUGAUGAAUACUUUGCGCAGCAAAAACCACAAGAUUGCAAAUAAUGCAUGACCAUACGAAGGCCAUCGACGACGAUGACCAUGCCGGAAUAUGAAUUUAAAUGGAUUUUUGGAAUUUCAUCAGAACAUUUAGACUUGAAGUGUGUAUAAUGAUAAUGCUGGCAACAUUGUAAAUACCUAUGAACUGAUAUAUAAUUUGUUGUUGCUGCUCUGAGUUCGUCAAAUUUGCUAGACAAAUCAAAUUUGCUCGAUACUCAUUGAAACAUUGCGACAUCAUUCUUCACCGGCCGAUUAAAACAAUCCUCAUUUUGCAAAGAAUUUUCUCGACACUUUUUUGUCGGUAAAAUUGAAUAGGUCUAUUAUAUCUCAUUAAACAAACAUCGUGUGUGGAGUGUCUCACAAAUUACUUUAAACGAAAAAAAAAACGAAGAGAAAUACCAUAAGUAUAUUGAAUGUAAAAUACUGACUAUUAUGUGUUCGCUGUUCCGAUAUUUUCGCCAUAUGCAAUUGACAUUUAAAAAGGAAUUUCUAUAAUAGGAUGGGAGCAAUGGGUACAGCAUUUCAUUUAGAAUCUAGAAUCGUUUCAUUUAUUAUUGUUUUGCUUCUUUGCUUUUGUUUUGUUACAUAAAAAGUAAAUAUAUACAAUAUUUUAAUUACAAGAAAAAGUAUUCGAAACUCAAUUGGGCGCGUAAUAAAAAAAAAUAGAAUAAAAUAAAUUAAGUUAUCAACAACCUA